AUGAAGACCACCGCUGCAUCCGUGCUCGCCGCUUUGUCGGCCACGACUUUUACUGCUGUUCACGCCGUCCCCGUCGUCGAUGAGGCCUAUCCUUACACUGGUCCUGCAGUCCCCGUCGGUGACUGGGUUGAUCCAAGCAUCAAUGGCAAUGGCAAAGGUUUCCCUCGUCUAGUCGAGGCUCCUGCUGUCCAGCCCAAGCACAAGAACCCCACUAACAACGUCAACGUCAUCUCCUUGGCUUUUCUGCCGAAGGGGAUCAACAUUCAUUACCAGACGCCGUUCGGAUUGGGAGAGGCCCCCAAGAUUAAAUACGGCACUGAUCCCAAGAAGUUGCAUCAGACCGCCUAUGGUUAUUCUCACACCUAUGACCGAACUCCUCCCUGCUCUGCUGUCGCCGCCGUCACUCAAUGCAGCCAGUUCUUUCACGAAGUCCAGCUCCAUGACUUGCUGCCCAGCACCAAGUACUACUACAAGAUCACUGCCGCCAAUGGCACAACCGAGUCCGAUGUGCUCAGCUUCACCACCUCUCGUCCAGCAGGUACCCCCGGCGAGUUCUCUCUUGCGGUCUUGAAUGACAUGGGUUACACCAACGCUGGCGGUACUUUCAAGCACUUGACCAAAGCUGUUGAUGACGGUGCUGUCUUUGCUUGGCACGGUGGUGAUUUGAGUUAUGCUGAUGAUUGGUACUCUGGCAUCCUACCCUGUGCGGAUGACUGGCCGGUGUGCUACAACGGAACCAGCACCGAGCUCCCAGGCGGUGGUCCCAUCCCUGAUGAGUACAAGACACCUCUGCCUGCUGGUGAGAUCCCCAAUCAGGGCGGUCCUCAAGGUGGUGACAUGAGCGUGCUGUACGAGUCCAACUGGGAUCUCUGGCAGCAAUGGCUCUUGAACGUCACUACCAAGGUUCCCUAUAUGACUGUUGUCGGAAACCAUGAAGCCGCCUGUGCCGAAUUCGAUGGUCCUGGUAACCCUCUGACCGCAUUGCUGAAUAGCAAUCAGACUAAUAGCACUGCUGCUAAGACGGCUCUGACGUACUACAGCUGCCCUCCUUCCCAGAGAAACUUCACUGCUUACCAACACCGCUUCUAUGGCCCUGGUAAAGAGACUGGUGGUGUUGGCAACUUCUGGUAUUCCUUUGACUACGGUCUAGCCCACUUCAUCACCCUCGACGGUGAAACCGAUUUUGCUUAUAGCCCCGAAUGGCCCUUCGUUCGCGAUCUUAAAGGCAACGAGACUCACCCUAAGGCAAACGAGACUUACAUCACCGAUGGCGGUCCAUUUGGUCGUAUUGAUGGUGGCAACUACAAAGAUAACAAGGCUUAUGAGCAGUACCAGUGGCUCAAGGCUGACCUGGAGAAGGUUGACCGUUCCCUGACUCCGUGGGUUUUCGUCAUGUCUCACCGUCCCAUGUACUCUUCUGCAUUUUCGUCUUACAUGACCAAUGUCAAGAACGCUUUCCAAGAACUGUUGCUGGAGCAUGGCGUCGAUGCUUAUCUUUCUGGUCACAUCCACUGGUACGAACGUUUGUUCCCUCUCACCGCAGACGGCAAGGUGCUACAGUCUGCCAUUGUCAACAACAACACUUACUACACUAGCCCCGGCCAAUCCAUGACCCACAUUGUCAACGGCAUGGCAGGAAACAUUGAAAGCCACAGCACAUUGAGCGCCAACCAGAAGAUUCAGAACAUCACCGCGUUACUUGACCAGACACAUUUCGGUUUCAGCAAGAUGACUGUCUUUAACGAGACUGCUGUCAAGUGGGAGUUUAUCCGUGGUGACGAUGGCUCGAUUGGUGAUUAUUUGUGGUUGCUGAAGAAGGAGAGUGACACCACACCUCCUGAUGAUACUUGCGAGUAG